GCGGCACCUCGAGAGGGGCGCCGGCUCCGCCCCUGGGCCGGGGGGCGUGGGGCUGCUCUGGGCCGCGGCGGCGGGGACGGCGGCAGCGGCAGCGGCGGGGUCCGCGUUGGCCGCCGGCGGGGACCCAGUGCUGCCCCGCCGCGCCCGCCCGCCCCAUCGCACGCUGUUGUCAUGGAGGAGCCAAGAUGGCGGCGCUGGCCUACACCGGGGGCAAGCGGGAGAUCAACUACUACUUCAGCGUGAGGAGCGCCAAGGCGCUGGCGCUGGGCGCCGUCCUGCUCCUCACCGCCUGCCACGCCGCCUCCCGCCGCUACCGAGGUGGUGAUACAUGUGAGUAUCUUCUGUCCAGUGGGAGAUUUCUUGGAGAAAAAGUAUGGCAACCUCACAGUUGUAUGAUGCAUAAGUAUAAGAAUAGUGAAGCAAAAAAUUGCCUCAUAGACAAACAUGUUGUAUUUAUAGGAGAUUCUAGAAUUCGACAGCUGUUCUAUUCAUUCAUAAAACUGAUAAAUCCUCAAGUCAAAGAAGAGGGAAUUAAGCAUGGAAAUAUCCCAUUUGAAGAUAAAUCUGCUUCAAUUAAAGUGGAUUUUCUAUGGUAUCCAGAAGUUAAUGGCUCUAUGAGGCAACGUAUCAAAUCUUGGACUGAGGGUUCUGUGGCAAAACCUCAUAUAAUUGUAGUAGGAGCUGCCACGUGGUCUAUCAAGAUUCACAAUGGCAGCAACGAAGCUCUUGCACAAUAUAAAAUCAAUAUCACUUCAAUUGCACCUCUUUUGGAAAAAUUAGCAAUAAGUAGUGAUGUUUACUGGGUCUUACAAGAUCCUGUUUAUGAAGAUAUGCUGAGUGAAAGUCGGAAAAUGAUCACUAAUGAGAAAAUAGAUGCUUAUAAUGAAGCAGCUGUUCGUAUUCUGAACAGCAGCUCCCGAAAUUCCAAAGCUAAAGUUAAAGUGUUCAGUGUAUCAAAAUUGAUAGCACAAGAAACUAUCAUGAAGUCUACAGAUGGCCUGCAUCUCCCUGAAUCAAGCAGAGAUACAAAUGCAAUGAUUCUUAUGAAUGUCUACUGCAAUAAAAUAAUGAAGCCCAUUGAUGGCUCCUGCUGCCAGCCUCAGCCUCCUCUCACUCUGAUACAGAAGAUAGCUUUCUGUUUCUUUACUUUGUCCAUUUUUGGAUAUUUAAUUAUCAGCUUAAUUCAUCGGAAUAAUUAUCGGAAGAACAAAUCAUGCACUGAUUUGGAAAGUGGAGAGGAGAAGAAACCUGCCAUCAGCACACCUAACAUUUCUACUUUAGAGAUGCUCUUACACUGCUUUUGCAAACUUGGUCUAAUCAUGACCUAUUUUUAUCUGUGUGACAGAGCAAAUCUUUUCAUGAAGGAAAAUAAAUUUUACACACAUUCAUCUUUCUUCAUACCAAUCGUCUACAUCUUGGUUUUGGGUGUAUUUUAUACUGAAAAUACCAAAGAGACUAAAGUGUUAAAUAGAGAACAGACUGAUGAAUGGAAGGGCUGGAUGCAACUUGUUAUUUUGAUUUAUCAUAUCUCUGGAGCAAGCACUUUUUUGCCUGUGUACAUGCACAUUCGAGUUCUGGUUGCUGCGUAUCUGUUUCAAACAGGUUAUGGGCACUUCUCAUAUUUUUGGAUAAAAGGGGACUUUGGUGUAUACAGAGUGUGUCAGGUUUUAUUUCGUCUCAAUUUCUUGGUUGUGGUACUGUGCAUAGUGAUGGACCGACCUUACCAAUUCUACUAUUUUGUGCCAUUAGUCACUGUCUGGUUUAUGAUCAUUUAUGCCACCUUAGCUGUAUGGCCUCAGAUUGUCCAGAAGAAAGCAAAUGGGAGCUGCCUGUGGCACUUUGGUUUACUGCUGAAACUGAUUUGCUUACUGACAUGUAUAUAUUUUCUGUCAUAUUCUCAGGGUGCAUUUGAGAAGAUAUUUUCAUUUUGGCCAUUGUCCAAGUGUUUUGAACUGAAUGGGAAUGUCUAUGAAUGGUGGUUUAGGUGGAAGCUGGAUCGCUAUGUGGUUUUUCAUGGAAUGCUGUUUGCUUUUAUUUAUUUGGCAUUGCAGAAACAUCAGAUGAUAUCAGAAGGAAAAGGAGAUCCUCUUUUCUCCAACAGAGUUUCAAAUGUUUUAUUAUUUAUUUCAAUUGUAUCCUUUUUGACCUACUCUAUUUGGGCUAGCAGCUGUAAAAACAAGACAGAGUGCAAUGAGCUACAUCCUUCUGUUUCUGUGGUGCAGAUUUUAGCUUUCAUCCUCAUCAGGAACAUUCCCGGAUAUGUCCGAUCUGUGUAUAGCUCAUUCUUCGCCUGGUUCGGCAAAAUUUCUUUAGAGCUCUUCAUUUGCCAAUACCAUAUUUGGCUGGCAGCAGACACAAAAGGGAUUUUGGUGCUCAUCCCUGGAUAUCCAAUGUUUAAUGUUCUUGUCAGCACUUUCAUAUUUGUGUGUGUGGCACAUGAGAUUUCUCAGAUCACUAAUGAUCUAGCACAGAUUGUGGUUCCUAAAGAUAACUCAACUCUGCUGAAAAGGUUGCUAUGCAUAGCUGGAUUUUUUUCUGGACUACACUUCUUCUCAGCAAUGCAAGAUCAGUCAAGACAUUAACUUGGAAACUUUCUUCAGGCUAACUUUGUGUCUGUCUGAACAAAAAUUCUCAACUGGAGGUACAAGAAGACAUUUAAAUUAAGCGUAUGGAAAAUGUAUAUAGUGGAAGUGUACAUAUUUUGUGUGGAAAUAGCCUUCUCAAAUAAUCUGGGAAACAAGAGUGCACUGUACAGAAUUGCAUGUGAAAAUGAGUCUUUUCUACUGGAUGUUUGUUUCUGUUUACAUAUCUGUUGAAACAAGACACGAAGUAGUGCAGUGGUUGAGCAGUAUCAUGGGCACGUCACGGGAUUCAGCCGGCGCUGGGUGAGCCCAGGGCCAGAGGCUGCGCUGUUGCUACUGUUCCAGCGUCCGCCACGCCGAGCAGGCGGAGCCCUCCUCGGCAAGGAGCGCGGCCGGGAGCCGCCGGAACUGCCGCUGAGGCAGCCGGACCAGGGCAGUGCUCUGAGCAAAGUGGUCAUUUGCUGGUUAGAAAUUAGUGUUUGGGGUGGAAAUAGUAAUACAUGUUAUAUGAAACCCUUGGUAUGUGGAAGUAAAAAGUAAUCAUCAAUUCAGUGGUUGAAGAUUAUAUACAAGUUUACAUAAUACUUUAUGAGGGUUUUUUUAGAAAUUUAAGAUGUGUUCAGCAAAUAUGGUGAAUUCUGAGAUAAAUUUUUUUUUAUAAAGAGAAUUUGGGUUUUCUUCCUAGAAUUAUUUGCUUUUUCAUAAAUUUUUCACUAAUUCAUUUAACUGUAUGUAGUUCUGUGUACAAUCUCAGUGAACAAACAAAUGAAAAUUCAGAGACUCAGUUCAAGACGGGAAAUUUGUGUAAGACCCUCCAACCUUUUUCAGUCAGAUGAAAUCCCAUCAUAUCCAUCCAUCAGAUCUUAGGGGAACGAUGAUCUUUGAUCCUCUCCCUGUGUUUGUAGGUGACCUUGAAUUAGGUCUCACUAGGGAACUAGUGCCAUAUUCUAUGCUAUAAUAUCAUUUUCAUUUAAGGGGAAGCACGUCAGUUUGUUGGUAUCAUGAGGAGCAGGGAUUGAGUGGUCAGCUUUGUUGCAUGCAAAUGGUUGAGUCUCAGAAUUACAAGUGAAAUGAGAUUGGAGCUGUUUGGAGAAAACUUUUUCCCAUCCUUCUCAGGAGUGCCCAGUCUUUCUUACUAAUUUUUUCCUUUAGCAAAAACCUUAAAAUUGAAAGAAACAGUCCUUUAGUGUGGCAGUGGCAAGCUGUUGUUUACAUUCUACUAAUCAGUGAAGUUAUGGACAUUUCUUGGUUGGUUGUGGGUUUUGUUCAAGUAAUUGUUUGACCUCUAGUUGCUUUUUCAUUUUAGUCUUCUUCUGAUUAUUUGUUAGCAGUCAAAAACAUGAGAGCAAUAUUAUUUUCCAAGCAUAUGUGCAAUUAUGUAUGAUUAUGAACAACACGAAUCCUAAUUUGUACCAUAUAUACUGUCACAUGCAUGUUUUUGUUCUUAUCCCAGGUAAAAAUUGAAUUCCAUCUUGCAGCGAUGAAUGAAUGCAAAACAAAUUUAUGAAAAUAAUUACUUCAGGUUUUUUUUGUGUGUGGUGGAGAACAGUUUCUUUUAAAGAAUGAGCAGUCAUUCAUCAUAAAAACCAAAAAAGAAAUCAUUCACUUCCCCCAAAUUCAGCAGUUUUACUAAGCCUGCCAGCUGUUUUCAAUAUACUGAAAAGAUACACAGCUGUUUGUUCUGUUGUGCAUAUUACUUCCAGUGCUUGGGAAUUUAACCUCAUUGAUCAAUACAUUUGAGUGACUGAAGGAAAGAGUGUAGGUGAACACCAUAGUGGGGGAUAACCAGCAUAACCUUCAUCUAUGCCAGUAUUAUGAGCAACAGGGAACUGUGAGCUUGAGGGAUAAUUUUUGUUUUGUUCUUCACAACAUAACUAUUGUAGAUAUAACUCUAUUUAUCUGUUGUACAUACUUGGUUAAAAGAUUUAUUUUUAAUGUUUGAAAUAAUGCACUUGUUUACUAUUACUGUAUGUGGGAUAAAUAUAUUUUCUUUUCAGGUUAUGUAAAAAUAUGAAGUAAUUUAAACAUUAAAUAAAAGUGCUGUGGAUGCUUAUUUUUGUAAUGGGACCAGCAUCAUUUAAGUAAAAACUCUACUGCUUGUCUCUAGCUGCGCUGCAGUUCACUGUAUCACAAACUAAGGCAGAUGCAAUGCAGGAAUUGCUCUGCACUAAAUGGCACUGUCCCUGCUCUGAUGAAAUUCCAGCUCCAGUAGCCAAAGCCAGCCUGGAGCCCUCAGCAGAACUCCACAGUGGAGGCGUCGGAUGCUUUUCCCUGCCAGGAACUCUGCAGCAGAGCUCUGCAGGAAAGCAGAGGAACAGACUCAGCUUUUCUUUGGUCUGGCAACAUCAAGAAACCAAGCCCAUCUUGAAGACUUGCUUGAGUUACGGAAUUUAGAUUCUGCUUGAGCUACUUAAAUCCCACUCUCAGUAGAAGGGGCUCCUUAAGCAAAGGAAGUACCAAUCUCGUUAAUCUUGUGACCAAUGACAAGACACAAGGAAAUGGCCUAAAGUUGUGUCAGGAGGUUCAGGCUGGAUAUCAGAAAAGGUUCUUCACCCAGAGGGUGGUUGAACAAGCUCCCCACAGAAGUAGUCACAGCACCAACGCUGCCAGAGUCCAAGAAGUACUUUGACAAUGUUCUCAGGCACUUGGUGUGACCCUUGGGGAUGGUCCUGAGCAGGGCUGGGAGUUGGACUCAAUGAUCGUGAUGAGUCCCUUUCCCAACUGAGCAGAUUCUGUGAUUCUGUGAUCCCAAAAGCUCCUGAUUUUAUAAUUAGGGAGAUACACAGUUCAGUGUCCACUUUAGAUACUAAGUGCAGCAAAUCCUCUCCAGUUAGGACAUCUGUUUAGGCAUUGUCCCCAGUUAACCAAACCCUGCAUCAUUAGCUCCACCCCAGGUUUCCGACCCAACCACGCAGUAUUGUGGCUGGAACAUUAAAAGCUGUAACAAUGUUAUUCGGGCACCCUUUUGUAAAAUUAUCAGGCAACAACUUCACUACUUUAUGUUUUCAGUUUUAUUAGAUCAUACAUUUCAUGUAUGUACAAAGAGAUGUGUAGGGCUUUCUGUUUAAUUUGGUUGCAACUUAAUACAAUAUCCAUUCAUAUUGCCAUCAUAUAAUGUUAAAAGAGGCUGUGAAUUUACUGUCUUAAUUAUUACUAAUUCUUUAGCCAUUAAGUGUCUUUAACCAGCUUUAUAAAUCUAUGCUUUCAGAGUAAUUGUUUUAAUAAUUAAAAAUAAAUAAUUUGUUAUUAAACUUACCUCAGAUAAAUGAAGAUUUCGAUCAUAAAAUAAUUCAGGUAUUCUUAAUACCCAACUGACCUACAUCAUGAGAUUCUUUCCAAAAUAGGUGGAGCCUGCACUGCUACAAAUGAAUUCUUUAUGCAUGUAACAGUUUAUUUCCUUAAAUACAUUGGUGCUGUUACAUUGAUACAAAUAAGGUGGGAGCAGCUCAGCUGGUAGAUCCUUUGAUUGUCAUGUCAUCCUGGAGUUAUCAGAAACUACUAUAAUCCACACCCAGAACUAUUUACAAAGUUUAAUCUUAUGUUGCAUUAAAAAUUAUUAUUUAAAAUCCAUUCCAUUCAUUUUGGUUUCAAAACACUGACAGCUGAUACAUCUGACAAUCGUAGUAUAAACUAAUAGAAGCCAAAUGAUGAUUGUACCUGAAUUAUUUUUGCAGCUUGGGUAAGACAUGAAAAUGUUUGAUUUACUAUAAACCUCAGUGUGCAGUUUAGUGAUUUGCUUUUCACUGAUAACCAUCCAAGCUGC